UUCACCAAACGGUCUCGCAUAUCUUCACAGGAUCACGACGAGUUCCAUAUACAGUUAGCUAAAAGUGUCGCCCAGUGCCUUAGUUUGGCGCUCAGGACCGGUAAAAAUAAGACCAAGGAGCGAUCAAAACGUCUGGAAUCUAUCAUGGACAUGUGUUCAGCAGUGAACAAACACGACGAGAGUGGCAGGGUGCCAACUGCAAUAAGACGGGCGAUGAAAGGCCAACCCAGGGAUUACUAUAACUACAUUAUACCGGACCAUGGAGUUCCAGCUGAAUUUCUAACGGAGGAAUUAAUCUCCAAUGAUGAUACUAGGGACACUUUGAGACGAAGACAUUCUGUUCUGAAGAAAGAGGCGAAUGAACUAGAGGUUACAGUAAGUUACUCGGAGAAGGCAGUGGAAGCUCUAUUAAACAAAUACGAAGAUUAUCUGGAAACAAACAACUAUGCGAAAGCCAAUGAACUCAAGGAAGAAAUACUUAAAUUAAAACAAGCCAAACGAAAUGCCAAGUCGCAACUUGCAAUAUGCAAAGAACAGUUAAAAUUAUUUACAUCAGAGGUGCUAACGGAUUCUGAAGCGGAAGCGCAAACAGACUAUAGACUACCGAAACGAAAGGUGUCCGCAGGGGACGGGAAAGAACCGAACGGGCGUAUCCCAGAACACGGCGAACCACCUUCGUCACCCAGGAACCUGAAUGCAAAGUGUAACGGCUCAGUUCCAUCGGGACAUUCCUUUCAGGAGCACACCUUUAAAAAAGCGACGUCAUGUGCUCAUUGCAGCGAGCCCCUUACAGGUACCACCAAACAGGGAUUCAAAUGCGUCAACUGUAAGAUAGCGGUCCACCAUGUAUGUCAAAGUCACGUUGCUCCCUGCAAGAAAAUGGAGGGCAAAAGGCGACUCAGCAGACAGAAUAGUUUUACGGCUUUGUCGCAGUUUACUAAGAAAAAUCUUCUGAGACGCCAACGAAGCCUCACUGAUAUAUUCUUGCAUGGAGCGACAAAAGAUCAAACUGAUAGUGAAGCGUCAGAUUCAGCCUCACAGAAGGAGCUUGACUUUGUAUACGAGACGAUCAAAUGUGCAAAGAGUUUAUCCGGACCGUCACAAGAGGGGGCGAAACAGAGAGAUCGAGCGUAUCGAAGCAGUCAAAGUGAUUACGAUACUGAUAGCGACAUAAAGAGCGUCGGGAGAAGAUCUUCCGUGGCGUCAACAUUGUCCGUAGCUUCGACAUCCAGUGUUGUUAGACCGCAAGACGCUCGAAGGUCAAUAAUGAAAGGUAGAAGUAUAUCGCUAGAUAGCCCAGAGCCGAGUACAAUAUCACAGACUGGUCUGAUGCGAAGACGAAACUAUGCAGGAAGUGAAAGCAAAAGAUCCGUAUCUUUGCCCUCUGACCCUCAACAAGGAAGAGUAGUAUAUCAACACCACAACGAUGAACCUAAGACUGGAGAAACCUCACAGAGCAUGUCAUAUGUUGCGUUAGAAGAUGUCGGUGAUACGAAGAAAGGUGAUCUUCCUAUAAGGGCCGGUGAUAUGGUGCAUGUACUUGAUAAGACCAAUAAGGAUUGGUGGAUGGUCAAGAGAGAAACGGAGACCGGUUUUGUACCAGUUCAGUGUUUGGAGAAAGUACAGCCAUGGGAACGAGUUCUGAGGGUUGCACGGACGUAUACCGCACCUGAACACUCCGACCAGAUAUCGCUGAAACGUAACCAGGUAGUCAUACAGAUAUCGAACGUUGACAACGGGUGGACGAUCGUCAAAGCAAGUGAUAAACGAACAGGAAGAUUUCCGUAUCAGUAUCUGUCACCAAUGUUACGCCGUCAAAGCACUGUCUCAACAUGA